CCAAAACCUGGACGCCUUGACAGGAGUUCCUAAUUUGACCCUGAGCUCGGUCCUUGCGACCAUCUUGUCAAGUCGGACCAGGUCCCUCUCGUCGGAGCCGUGAGGCGUCUAUCCAUCAUCUAAAUAAAAGUUCACAGUUCGGAGAGGACGCGGUUGCGUCAUGAGCGACCAGAGCGAUUCACUCCGUCACUCGGAGGUGGAACACACUAAUUUCCUCUCGGAAUGCAUAGGCAGUCUCCUACUCGACACCGAAUACUCCGACGUGACUUUCAUCGUCGAAGACGAACGUCUAUCCGCGCACAAACUCAUCCUGGCUUCCUCAUGCGACUACUUCAGGGCCCUCCUCCGCGGAGGUAUGCGAGAAUCCACCCAGAAGGAGAUCGUGUUGCCUGGCCCGCCCCUCGGAGCGUUCAAAUUGCUGCUCUCCUACGUCUACACCGGACACCUGUCGCUUGGCGCGCUGAAAGAAGACGUCAUCUUGGAAGUCCUGGAGCUUGCGCAUCAGUAUGGAUUCGAGAAACUUCAAGAGGCACUGUGCCGGUAUUUGCAAGAAAUUCUCUCGGUCCGAAAUGUGUGCAUGGUCUACGACAAGGCGCAAUUAUUUCACCUCGAUCAACUCAGUGAGACCUGCUGCCGCUUCAUGGAUCGGCAUGCGGAGGCAGUUCUGCAGAGCAAGCCGUUCUUGCAAUUGUCGACGGCUGCACUCGCAGCUAUGCUAUCACGCGAUUCUUUCUUCGUCAAAGAAAUCGAGAUUUUCGAGGCCGUGAGACGGUGGCGCGCCGAGCGGCCAGACGAUGAAGACGUCUCGUCGAUCCUCAAAGCGGUUCGGCUACCGCUAAUCGAGACAGCCGAUCUCUUGAAUGUCGUCAGAGGCUCGGGUUUAAUUCCUGCGGAUCAGCUCCUCGAUGCGAUACACAGAAAGACCGAGUGCCGUGAUGUCGACUUGAACUAUCGAGGCUCGAAACUUCCCGAGGAGAACGUAGCGACCGCAAGUCAUUUCGCUCAAGUCCUCACGGGAGAACCUCGCUCAGAUCUCCUCGAGCCGAAGACGAAUCGAAAGUACGAUAUCGAUCGGGGCUUCACGAAACAUAGCAUCGAUGACGGGGAAGGCAUAACUAUUGCGCUGGGUGAACCAUCGAUUAUAAACCACGUCGUGCUCCGACUCUGGGACAAGGAUCCACGGUCUUACUCGUACUACGUCGAGGUAUCGAUGAAUCUCAAGGACUGGUAUCGGGUCAUCGAUCACUCGAACUAUCUGUGUCGCUCUUUGCAAAAACUCUAUUUCGAGCCUCGUGUCGUCAACUAUAUCCGAGUAGUGGGAACGCAUAACGCAGCGAAUAACCUGUUCCACCUGGUUUCGUUCGAAGCAAUGUACACAGAGAGACAAUUCAAACUCAGUCAAGGAAUCUACGUUCCCGAAGAGAAUGUGGCGUCUGUGGGGAAGGAAGCCUGCGUCAUCGAGGGCGUCAGCCGCAACCGCCAUACAUUGAUCGACGGGAAUUUUACGAGUUACGACUGGGAUUCCGGAUACACCUGUCAUCAAGUGGGAGCCGGCUCCAUUAUAGUGCAAUUGCCGCAACCGUACAUGGUCGACUCGAUGCGAAUGCUUUUGUGGGAUUGGGACUCUCGGGCCUAUUCCUACUACAUCGAAACUUCUACGGAUAUGAAGGAGUGGACGCGCGUCGCGGAUCGCACGUCACAGCGCUGCCGGUCGUGGCAGAUCCUCACCUUCAAGCCAUUGCCGGUUGUCUUCAUAAAGAUCGUCGGCACCGCGAACACGGCGAACGAGGUAUUCCACUGCGUGCAUUUCGAGUGUCCCGCACAAGUGCGGAGUCUCGAAGAGUGCCCAGCCAGUGGACACGAUGUAUAGCUGUACAUAUACAUACAUAGCUCCACCAUCGAACAGGUUAUUCAUCUGCGCAUAAUUUGUGGAACUGCUCGGGUACAUCGUAGGGAAAACGCGUUCCAAGAACUCUCGUUUGCAAAUGCGAUACGGUCGGACCCUGGUGGCAGAUGGCGAGUGACGAGCCAGGCCACAACUACGCAAGAUAGUCAAUUUCGUUAGUCGAAUCGAGUAGACCUAUCCGUAAGCUCUUCGCCCGCACCGAAUCAGAAGAACUCUAGAAAAGCGUAGUAGAGAGCUUUAAAUACGGACAUGUACUUGUGGGAUCGAGUCAUUCAGACCUUGGAUUCAGGUUUUCGCUAUGGAUUUUGGCGUAAGCUAGAUGCCGAUACCUAUGAUAAUCCUCAAGCCUCAAGCUGCAGGAAUGAGCUUCGACUUACCUAAAUGAUUCCGAAUAGCGGUCAACGGUCGUCUCCCGAGCGUUUCGUAAAUUUCACUUCAUUGAGAUUUCGGGAAGCUCGUUCCUCAGAGCGAUGAGAGCUUGAAUCC